GCACCCUUCAAUGCAUCUUCAACUAUAUAUUGUACUUUUUACAGCCGGCGAUUCCGAAUCGAUGCGUCUGAUAUAAUUUUGUUUUCCACAACAACAACAUUUGAUCCAUUUGUUGUGGAAAUUUUUCUGGCUGCAAUGAAUGGUGCAAAAAUCUUGCUUGUCCCAGACUGGUAUCGCUCAACGCCAGCCAGAUUGGCUGAUGCGAUUAUCAAGCAUGGUGCAACUUUCCUACAGACAACACCUUCACAGCUGAAAAUUUUUCCUCAUGCGGCAUUGAUGGAAAUUUUUGCUGGUCGUACAUCCGUCCGAACAAUACUUGUGGGUGGUGAAGCUUUCCCGAUGAAUUUUCUCCGAGGCUAUCAUAUUGACGACAAAUCUGUGGCAUUCUACAAUGUUUAUGGGAUUACAGAAGUGUCGUGCUGGGCUUCGUGUCAGAAAAUCAGUUGGAAGGAAGAUGAUGUCGAAAUUGGUGAGCCGUUACUGGGAACAAAAUUCCUGAUCAAUGAGCAAGGCGAAUUACUGAUUGGUGGCACAAGGCGUUGCAUCAGCAAUGGCGAGUGGUCCGGCACUUGGACUUCUACAGGUGAUAUUGUUGAGCGCAAAGAAUCGGGGAAAAUUUAUUGGCUUGGUCGAUGCAAUGAUCAGCAGAAAAUCAACGGAAUCAAAGUGAGCCUUACGGGAUUGGCACGAAAAGCGGAAACAUUCGAUGGCAUUCAGUCCGCUCUGGCCUUGCAAUAUGCACAAUCCGUGUUGUUGUUUGUGCACGUUAAAAAUAACUCGGUCCAGUCGGAAUUGCUGAAAAAUAUAUCAAUAGCUGGCUUACUUUUUAUUGUUAUCCCAAUGGAAAGCUGGCCUUUAACUCUGAAUGGAAAAGUCGAUCGACAGAAGCUUAUGCAAAUAUUCAAGCAGCGCGAUUUUGUUUUUACAGUGAACGAUUUAAGUGAUUUGCUUUCUAAAUUCGGAAUUUGUUUGAAAAAUGAUCGAGAAAGAACGUUUGCUGCUUUGGGCUUAACAUCGCUUCGCGCCACUGAAUUGACGAUCAAGACGGAACACCUUCUCAAGCAGCGUGAUUUCCCUCUUCUACAAUAUUUUCUUUCUGAUACAGCAACGGUCGCUGGUUUUCUGGAUUUGUUGAAAUUUGGUGAAGUUUUCUGGGAUGCACCCUUAUCGUGUUCGCAGGGAUAUGUUAUUAAGCCAGCAAUAUCGAGGGAAAUUUAUCCAGAAUGGGAGUAUAACUUAGGGAAGUGCAUCGAUGCGACGCCUGUUGUUGAAAGCGGAUCGGUCUUCGUGGGUUCGCACUCUGGAAGAUUUGUUUCAUUGUCAUUGGAUGGCGCGAAGAAUUGGGAGGUUGAAAUUGGAGGGCGAAUCGAAGCAACGGCGUGUUACCAGAGUGGUAUCAUUGCUGUCGGUUGUUACAGUGGUUGCUUGUAUCUCAUUGAUGGGAAGAAUGGGCAAAUUAUCUGGCAGUAUCAAGUUGGAAAUGCAAUCAAAUCUCGCCCUGUGCUUUUCGAUGAUGCGGAAAAGUGUGUAUUCGGCUCUCACGAUAAAUUCCUGUACAUGCUGGAUAUCAAGGAGCAAAAGUUGUUGUGGAAAGUAGCUUGUGAUGGGUCCAUUUUAUCAUCACCUUUACUUCAUAACGAUGCGGUGUUUGUCGCCACUCUGCAGGGUGAAUUUCUGGCUGUUGACCUGGUGAGUUUUGGCAUUUUAUAA